CAUCAGUCUUUCAUGUAGAGGUGUCCCAUAUUCAAUUGUGCUUGUUCUUCCACAAACAAAUCAAUUUGUAAGUGAUUGCAAACUUGGAUUAAGGCAGUUAAACUCAAUUUCUUGUUAAAAUGAAGUAUGACUACGUUAUCCUGACGUCGCUGACGGUACUCUGGUUCCCCGCUCCUGUUGCGCUUCUUGAGGUUUCCCGCAAACUAAACCUCGAGGACGUGGAUGCAUUUCUCAAGGGCAGUGCAGAAUUCGACAGCCGUCAAGAUAUUUGGUCAUCUCUGCACACAUUCUGUGAUCUACACUGCGGAAAUAAUAACGAAAUUUUGAUAGAAGAAUAUGAGUCGACCAACAUGUCAGCGCCGAACAUGCAAGUUGGCAGUCGCCUUUUCCAGAAGCUCUACCCAAGAGCGUCCUCCAAACGACCAGGUGCAAGAGAUAUACCCUCAGGCUGGGAUGUUUUCGUAAAGUUGGCAGCUACAGCCUGUGACCUCCACAACAUCCACAACCUGAAUGAUCAAGAAGAAAAUUCUCAAUACCAGAACAAGAAUGAAAACCGCUUUCGACGCCAAGUGUUCGCAGAGAAGAAGCCCAGAUAUAAGAGCUUUUUAGGCGACAUAUCGGCCUUCUUGCCGCUGGUGCAGUGGAAUAUCCCGUCUAACCGCUUCAUAUGGCUGCCCAGUGAAGACGAGAAAGAGAAGAUGUAAUUAUGGUUGCAACACGUGUAAGGUAUUGCAAUGAAGUUCCAGAGACAUUUUACAUUUGUUGAUACUAUCGGGGAUUAGUACUUUUCCCAAUUAAAUGCCAUUUUUAGAAAUAC